AUGUUGAGCACACAACCUACUUAUGAACCGUUUGUGCUUGGGUUGGGAUCGACACAAAGCAGCGAACAAAAGGACUGUCCAAAACAAAUUCCUUCGUUUAAUACAAAGCAGUCUCGAAGUGACUCAUCUUCUUCUACUUGUAAAAUGACUAUUGGACUGAAAGGAAGCCCACAGAAAACUGGUUCAGAAGAGAAGACAAUUGAGUAUGAAGCGGAGAAAGACCAUUAUAGUGAACAAAAAGGUGGACAGACUCAGUGUGUGAAAGAAGACAAAGAAACAACAGAGAAAGAUGAAAAAGAGUAUUCUAAGUCAUAUGUUGAGGUUCUUGAAUGUCAAUUAAAGAAAUAUCAAGAGAUUCCUUGGAUAUCUGAAAUAAGAAAAAAGAGGGAGACCGAAGACUUGGCACUUUUACUUGGUAAAAUGUACGAAGAGUACUGCAACGUGGUCAACGAAAACUUAUUACUCGAGAUGAAAAUUAAUGAAUUGCAGGAACAACUGAACUCAAUAAAAACGGUUCACCAGCUCGUGAACAGAUUCAACUCGAUUCAAAAGAAGAGAACUAAUGAUUUUGUCUCAGUCAUCAAAAACAGAAUUAAUUUAGAGCAUCCUCUCCAACAAACUUCUCCCACUUCUCUUCAUGAUGACACCAAGUAG